CUUCCUGCUGCAUGACCUGCCUUCCUUUUUAUGGAAAAUGAGAAAAUGCUUCCAAUCCGAUAUUCUAAAUCUCUGUGUUUUCUGGGGGAGAAAAUAAUAACUAAUUAAAAGUCUUACAGUUGAUCGCUCGUAUCAUUUGUGUUAGUCUUUGGAUACUGAGCCUGAGUCUCGCGGUAACGGAUUAGAGUUGCAAAUAAUGUUUCCUUGAAGACGUAUUGCAGAAGCAAGGACGUAAUCGAAAGAAAGUAAAGACCCUGGACGGCACCCGGCCUUCUUUGAACUACGGAGUCAGUGCACGGCGUAGAUGAGGGCCCCAAAUGAAGAGUCAUCCAACAGCAGCAAUAGUGCUGCAGGUGGCAGUAGUACCGUCCUGCAGCGUCUUUUGCAGGAGCAGAUGAAUCUGAGUUUUGUGAUGCAACAACAACAGGUAGGAGUUGGAGCUGGCAGCGGAGGAAAUGGGGAGGGUGGCCCUUCAGAAGAGCAUUCCAGGACACCCAACAUUGCCCGACAGGAGCCUCAGGGCCAGGAACUACAGACAGACAGCCUGGAGAAAUUAAGUUCCAAAGUAGUGGGUGAUGAUGGGAGCAAUGGAGGAGAAGGAAGCAAUGGUGGAGGUGGCUCAACUAGCCACGGUCAGUGCCAAAACCCAGAGGAACUCCCGACUUAUGAGGAAGCUAAGGUUCAGUCGCAAUACUUUCGUGGCCAUGGCCCACCUCCUCUGCAUCAACAACAGAGCAACCAGCCACAGCAGAACACACUUCCUACCUUUGUGGGUUCUAGCUUUUAUGUCACUGGGGUAAUAGAUUCUAAGUUGCGCACAGAGGGUCGGUCCACCAUACAGCGUGUUAAUGGGGCAGUUAAGGCACUCCAAGAUGAUGGACUAAAGGAUCUUAAACAAGGGCAUGUUCGAUCCCUAAGCGAACGGCUCAUGCAGCUCUCCCUUGCCACUUGUGGAGUCAAAGCACAUUCUCCAGUCAUUAGCACUUCACUCUCCCCCCAGCUGUCCCCUUCAGGGCAGCCAGAGGAGUACUACAAGCCCCAGCAUCAUGGCCCACCUCCAGAUUACCCAUUUAAACGAAUGAGAUCACCCGCUAAGCAGCAAAAGACUGGAAGUCCUUUUCAUCAGGAACAAAGUGAGAGGGAGCUUUCAAGGACAGUGCCACAUGUACGCUAUCAGCCUCCACCAGAGUAUGGCUCAUUCAGGUCAACUAAGGAGGGUUCAGUUACUUUCCAGAAGUCCCUUCACCACCACAGCCCCACCUCUUCGAUCACCUCCGUUGGUUCUUUGUCCCGGGCCCAAUCUACUACUCUUUGUAGUUUACCGAGUGCCUUCCAUGCCCCUUAUUCCUCCCACCUGUCUGUCCCUCAUCAACAGCCACAUAGUCAUGGUGAGACCUUCCGCAGCAUGGGGAUUCGCAAUCUACAGGGUCCUGUUUCCCAGUUUGGCGAGACUUUCACACCGAUGCCGAUUGACCCAACACCACAAAGAUGUCAUGGUUUCCCCAAUGACUCCUUGCCAUCGAUUCACAAUAAGCAGGAACAGACUCAUCAAUAUCCACAACAGCAUUCUCAUAGUCUGCCCCUUCCCCAACCUCAACCUGUUGUCCAAGCCCGGCAUUUUCCCCAUCUGCAUUCUUACUCCCACCUGCAGGAGCAGUCCUUUGAAAUGAUGGCACACGCUCAGCAGAAAAUGGACAUGCUGAAUGAAGAGAACAGAGUUCUGAGGCAGGAGAUAGAUGCCUGCCGUGAUAAAGUCACCAAGCUCCACAAGUUGGAAACUGAAAUUCAGCUGGUUUCAGAGGCCUAUGAAACCCUUGCUAAUACCUCUGCCAAGAGAGAGGCCCUGGAGAAAACAAUGAGGAACAAGCUAGAAUUGGAGGUCCGGCGUCUGCAUGACUUUAACAGGGAUCUUAGAGACCGUAUGGAGACUGCCAAUAAGCAGCUUACUUCUCAAGAGUCUGAUGGGUCAGAAAACAACCUGAAGACCAUAUCCCAACUGCUUGCACAGAACAAAGAGGCUUUGCGUGAGAAGGAAAAACUAGAGAUGGAGCUGAAUGUGCUGCACUCCACCACAGAAGACCAAAGGAGACACAUUGAAAUUCGAGAUCAGGCCCUUAACAAUGCCCAAGCCAAAGUGGUCAAAUUAGAGGAGGAGCUAAAGAAGAAACAAGUUUAUGUGGAAAAGGUGGAAAGAAUGCAACAUGCUCUAGCUCAGCUACAGGCAGCCUGCGAAAAGAGAGAACAACUUGAACAUCGACUCCGUACAAGGCUGGAGAAAGAGCUGGAAUCACUACGCAUGCAACAGCGUCAGGGAGGCACACCAAACAAUGGUGUGGUCCCAUCGGAGUACAGUGUCACCACACUAAUGGAGCACCUGAGGGAGAAGGAGGAACGUAUUUUGGCUCUGGAGGCUGAUAUGACCAAGUGGGAACAAAAGUACUUGGAGGAGAGCGUCAUGAGACAGUUUGCCCUUGAGGCCGCUGCUUCUGUUGCGUCUCAAAGGGACACCUCUGUCACAAUGUUAAGUCAUUCUCCCAGCAGCAGCUAUGACACAUCAGUCGAGGCCCGCAUUCAAAAAGAAGAAGAAGAGAUACUAAUGGCUAAUCGCCGAUGUAUGGACAUGGAAAGCAGGAUAAAGAAUCUCCAUGCCCAGAUCAUAGAGAAGGAUGCGAUGAUCAAGGUACUCCACCAGCGCUCCAAGAAGGAGCCAAUCAAGUCAGAUGUGCCAUCUACAAUGAGGCCCUCCAAGUCUCUGAUGUCUAUCUCUAAUACUGGUCCUGGAAGUUCAGGAGUGCUCUCUCAUAGCAUUGGACUCAGUAGCUCAGCCAUCAUUGAAGAACGCAAAGAUAACAGCUGGAAAGGGAGCCUAGGGGUUCUGCUCAGUCCAGAAUUUCGCCCAGACUCUCUCAGGACAGAAUCUAUGACAUCAUCUCCCUCCCCGGUAUUUCCUUCGACACAAAUGACAGCAGUUCACUCGAAGACAGGCAGUAGGGAUAGCUGCACACAGACUGACAAGAAUCAGAGUCAGGACACCAGUAAGCCUGGCACCCCAGCCCUUCAGAGUAUGAUGAUGCCAAACCGAUUGUCCAGCACCAGCCCCCUCUACAUCACUGAGCGUGCAAAUGAUGGACCUGUGUUUCAGAGCAGCACCCUGGAGCGAAGGGUCCCUAUCCAGUCCCAGACCCACCCACAGCAACAUCCCUCAGCCAGAGCCACCCACCAAGAAGUGGACAAGGACAUGAUGGAGAUUCUCAUCUGACCCCAUUAGCUCUUCCAAAUGAGUGAAUGGGCGACAAUGAGGAGGUGGUCCCGGGCAUCCACAGUGACACCCUCCCCAAACCCCCAGUCUACAUAAAUGUAUUAGGUGCACGUUAAGCGCCGGAUCAAUUAUAGAAUAAUGCGCAUGCUGAAGCGGCACAUUCUUUGAGAAAAGGUCUGCCCCUCCCUGAAUAUGAAAAUAUUUAUUUUGAGCUAUGCAUAACGGAUGCCAGCUUGGAAAGGUUCACUUUGCAUACUUUCUAAUGUGGUUAUAAAGCAAACUGGCAGGCCAAAUUUUUACCUCGGUGGUUUGUGCUCUGUGCUCCAACAGCGCGGUUUGGUCACCGCAAGAGAAAAACGGCAACAGUUACACAUGUCCGUCGCCGGGAGUGAAAUGGAAUCGAAAUGAAAAUCUGCUAUGUUCGUUCGAAAAGAAAUGUUUACACACACUGCCCACACGCGCCACCACUCAUUGACCAAAAAA